AUGAGGAGGCACAAGACGAAGGCCGAGGCCGCAGCUGCUGCUGAAGCCGAUGAUGAUGAGAAGCCUGAGCCUGCCCAGAAGGCUCGCCGGCUGGGAGCAAAAUCCACGGGUGGCUCUGCGGGUGGCUUUUCCCGCUUCGAGCAGGAGCUCGAAGCAGGUGAUGCGAACGGCGUGCGUCUCGAUCGUGCUGCCGAUGGAACGGCGGCGCCUUCCGUAAGAAAUCCAGCCCUGCCACGCAAGCCCUACAAGAAGAAGAUGUCAGAGUGCAUCGGCUGUGCGCAGCCCUUGGAGCAGUGCACAUGGGCGAAAGACGCUCGCUGGGUCGGGGAGAAGGUUCAGUAUGAUCGCGGCUGCGACGGGUGCUACGAUACCUUUGUCUGUGGAGCGUUCGACAUCUUGAGCGGCAUGGACUUCCCCACGUUCUGCCAGGUGGUCUACGCCAGCGAGACACUGAAGAAUCCUUGGGAGAAGGCCCUGGAGAAGAAGAACGGUGUAGUCCACAAGCCCGACACGUGGAUCUACCUGAAGCCGAGCGAGGUCUGCGAGUGCACUUCGACAGACUUCAGGGCGUUCGUUGACAAGCGUGGGUUCACGCCCGCUGAGUUCGAGGCUGAGUUUCACACAAAGUCAUCGGACCUGGGGUUCAAGCUCCAAGAUUUGGUGAAGACGAACGGCCAACAGUACAAGGGUGUACUCAAAACCGACGAGGGUGAGAAAUUGGGUACCGGGGGCCAACAUUGGCGGGGGUUCGAGGUCAAACGCAAGGAGACCACCAUGCCUGAGGCGAACACUCUCUACGCGUCUCAGGCCGACAUCUUGUUCAAGAGGAUGAUUCACCACGACAUGAGCAAGCGGUCUCACUCGGCGCAGAUGCUUUCGAAACUUCGUCAUGCCAAUUUGACCGCCGAGGAGAUCAACGCGCUGGGCUUCGCGAUGGCGGUGAGUCUACAGGAGGAGGUGGAGGCGAUGAUGAUCGCGGCAGCCAAUCGAGCAACUCUGGCGAUGCAGGCGAUGAGGAAGACGAUG